AGGAGGACCGUCCGUGUCGCACUGCGAUGACGUAGGCUGUGGAAGUAGCGGAAUAAUAACGCGAGUCUCUUCUGGAUAAUAUCUUAUAUUCAGGGGUGUCUGGCUUUGGUGUGGAGUAGCAAGAGUAACAGAACCCAGGCUUCGAGAGAAGGACUGCCCUCACAAGAUGGGGGCUGUGGUGUCUCGGUGGAGGGCAAAGCCAACCACUGUAGAGGUCUUGGAGGGCCUUGAUAAGGAUGUCCAGGCCCUUGAGGAAUACAGAGAGAAGAACCAGAAGCAGCUGAAGUUAUGGGUUUACAGACUGCUGUUGUACUCAGCCCUGCUGUACUUGAUAGCCUGUACAGUCGUCUAUGUGUGGUACAUCCCAGAGCGGAUGAUAGGAAAAUUAAUAGUGGCGUCACCAUUCUUGCUAUUUCCUCUGUUAGUUUGGCUGCUGAGGAAACUGCUGAUUGUGUUAUACAACAGACGAACGGAGAGAAACGAUGAAAAAUUAGAAGAGCUGAAAGCAGAGAAGAAGAAAAUACUUGAGCAGGUAAUGGAAACUGAAACCUACAAAAAUGCCAAGCUGAUUCUGGAACGGUUUGACCCUGACUCUAAGAAAAAGCUUGAGAUAGAGGCUCAACCCAUUGGCCCACCUGCGACUCCAAGACAAGGCCAAGAGCUGCGUCAGCGGCAUGUGACCCCUCGUCCUACUGGACGUCCUCCACCCGUUCCUGCCCCCUCGGCCCCCCCCACUCCACUUUCUGCCCCGGGAGGGCCACCUGAAAAAGGUCUGUCUACAUCAACCCCACAUGGUCUGAUCCGGAGGCCUGGAACCCCGGCUGGCACGCCUGGCCCAGCGAUGGGAAUGCACCCUCCAGGUCCUCCGCUGGCCAGACCCGUCUUCCCCAGAGAGCGAGGUGCCAUGGACAGGGUCAUUGAGUACCUAGUGGGUGAUGGACCUCAGAACAGAUACGCUCUGAUAUGCCAGCAGUGUUCGUCUCAUAAUGGCAUGGCUUUAAAGGAGGAGUUUGAAUAUAUUGCAUUCAGAUGUGCCUACUGUUAUUUUCUGAACCCGGCCCAGAAGACACGUCCCCAGGCCCCGCAUCUCCCAGAAUUCGCUGCAGAAACCAAGAUGAGCCAAGACCCCCCUGCUGUUGCCAUGGAGACAGACCUGUCUAGCUGUCCACCUGCCCCAGGUACCAGAUCUCCACCAGAGUUCAUCUGAGCAGCAGGAGGAGAUGAUGGUUAGAUGCUCCUGAUAUUCUGAGGACUCGUGCGUGGUAUUAAAGGAUGAUUUUUG